UGUUUGUUCCGUCAAUGCGUCCCCUUAAAUACUUCAAGAAAAGCGUAUAUUAAUUCUUUCUAAAUAUAGGCAGCGCAGCGAAGAUCGUCGUCAGGAAGUGGAGAUGCUCCUGGAUACUCAGACAGCCACAAUUGAAGAUCUGACCCGCAAGGUAACCUGUUUCUGUGUGUGGAGUCUUAUUCCUCCUUCCACGCUAUCGCUAUAGUGUGUACUAAAUAGAGCCCAAAAACCUUGCAUCGUGAACAUUAGGGCGAAGACCUUGCCAAGCGCGCAGAACAAGCUACGAGACUGAAUGAUCAGCUUGACGAAUACCGCCAUGCAGCCGAAAAGCUCCAAAAGGCCGAAAACGUGAUUGAAAAAUACAAGAAAAAGCUGGAGGAGAGUGCUGAUUUCCGACGCCAGAUCAAGGCUAUGGAAGAACAAAACCAUACCUUGAUGGAUCGCAACCAACAGAUUGAAGAAGAGUACCGCAAGGUGCUUGCUUUUAAAACAUUGAUGGAUUCAUACAAGGAGCAGGUCGCCAACCUUGAGACAGCCAACAAGACCUUGAUUCGUGAUAAGAACAAGAUGGAAUAUGAGCUGCAGCACAUCACCAAAAAGGUGGAAAUUCUUGAAGCGGAUCGAGCUCGUGACAUGGACCGUAUCCAAGUGCUUGAAGAGAAUCUGCAAGAAGUCCAACUCGGUGGCACCGUCGAUCCAGUGAUGUCUCGACACGAAGUUGGUGACGACACGGAUGACAUGGAUUUGGACGAGGGCGGUUUUAAUGAUUCUUUGGAAGAGUCACUCAAGGAAUCCAACGUGACUGAAUUAAAACUUUCCAAGCGUCGUCUUGAGCGCCAGAUAAAAACGUUACAAGAAGAAAAUGCAUCUGGACGUGAUCAGCGUGAGCUUGUGCUGAAGCACUUGCUAGAAGACGCCAAUCGUCUUAAGAACCAGUUCGAGAAGAACUACUUGGACGUUUCACAAGAGCGUGAUAUCCUCCAAAGUGACAUGGCUCGCAUUCGUGAAAACGUUCCAGACGCACUCGUUGACCAGUCGCAGCACACACUAUCUCUCCGUUUGCACAUCGUUGAUCUCGAAAAAGAAUCCAAGAACUUACGCGAAGAAAACUCCAAACUCGAAGCAAAGAUUGCCGAGGGCAAAUUUGCAUUUGGCGACAAUGCUGAAGAAUUCAGACAGAUGUCUGAGCGCACGCACCAGCUUGAAGAGCAGACCAAGAAGCAGCUUCAACAAAUCAACAAACUCUUGCUCGAAAAAGAUCAUUUGCAAGGACAGAGCAUCGAACAAAAGGACUUGUUGCUCGAAAAGGAACGUCUCAACAGCGAGAUGAAAGCAUCUCUUGCAGCAUUUGAAGCCAAGGACGACGAGCCAAUCAAGCAAGAGAACGCACGCUUACAGCAGCAAGCCAUCCAUUAUCAAGAGCAGAUCCGCGAGCUAAAGAUCAAGAACAAGAAGGCCAAGGAUUUCAUUAUGCAGCAGGACAAGAUCAUCAAGGACGGCAAAGGCUCCGGAAGUGGCGAUGGCAACUAUGGUGAGGCUGUGGCAUCACUACAGGCAGAGUUGCGACUGCGUGACGAAGAAAACGAAAAACUUAGAAAGCAAUUACACGAGGUGCGGCUACAGACGCGCCGUGAGCAGCAGCUGAUCAUCUCGGCAUGGUACGAUGUCGCACGCCGUACACACAAAGAACUCGUAAAUUCCAAGGUAGCACCGCGUUCGAAUUCUUGGCUUGGACAACAGCGCAGAGUCCUGGAGAGCCAGCUCAGACGGCGAUAAAUCAAUCAGCACCCUCAUAUACUCAUCGCACUCACUCACUCCAUCACUCCCUCCCUCACUCACUCACUCACUUUCUCGCACUCGCUCAAACAUAUUCUAUUACACCUCACA